AGCCCAGCCCGGUCGUGGCACCUCAUCUCGUUCUUAGAUUGCUUCUGUUGCCGGCCUAUGGCGAAGGGCAGCAGCGCUGCCAUGGCCGCGGUGCUCGCCCUGCUCGCGGUGGUCGCGCCGGCCGCCGCGGAGCUCACCCGGCUGGAGCACCCGGCCAAGAACGACGGGUCGCUGAGCCUGCUCGUCGUCGGAGACUGGGGCCGGAAGGGCACGUACAACCAGUCCAGGGUCGCCGAGCAGAUGGGAAGGGUUGGGGAGCAGCUCGACAUCGACUUCGUCGUAUCCACCGGGGACAACUUCUACGAGAACGGCCUGACGGGCAUAGAUGACCAGGCGUUCGAGCAAUCGUUCACAGAUAUCUACACGGCGAAGAGCUUACAGAAGCCGUGGUACCUCGUUCUUGGAAAUCACGACUACAGGGGUGAUGUGCUUGCGCAGCUGAGCCCGGUCAUGCGAAAGAUCGACAGCCGAUUCAUCUGCAUGAGAUCGUUUAUUGUCAACGCAGAAAUUGUGGACUUCUUCUUUUUCGACACCACUCCAUUUCAACUGAAGUAUUGGACUCGUCCUAAAGAAAACCAUUAUGACUGGAGAGAAGUGGCACCUCGAGAAAAAUACAUAGCCAGUUUGCUGAAGGAUUUGGACGAGGCCAUGAAGAAAUCAACUGCAACGUGGAAGAUUGCCGUGGGCCAUCAUACCAUGAGGAGUGUCAGUGAACAUGGUGACACCAAGGAGCUUCUGCAGCUACUUCUUCCAGUCCUCCAGGCCAACGGCGCUGACUUCUACAUCAACGGGCAUGAUCACUGCCUGGAACACAUUAGCAGCAAAGACAGUCCAAUCCAAUACUUCACAAGCGGAGGCGGUUCGAAAGCAUGGAGAGGAACCUUCCAGCCAAACAAGGAUAACCUCGAGUUCUUUUAUGAUGGGCAAGGGUUCAUGUCCCUCAAGCUAGACCAGAACGAAGCUAUGUUCAACUUCUAUGAUGUCAAUGGGAAUAUGUUGUACCAAUAUUCACGGUCGAUCUUGAGACAAACAAACCACCUCCAGCCCUCCAGCUAUGUCGUCGACUAAUGAGGCAGAUGUAGAUCACCACUGGAGAAUAGAUCGGUUCAGCUAUCUCAUAUAUGUGUAAAAUUUUGAACGUGAUAUUGUGAUAAGGGGCAGAAAGUGGUCUAGAAAGGAGACGUUCUAGUAUUUUAGUGUGGCGCGUGGUUCAUCUGCCAAAGAAACAUUGAGUGGCUUCAAAAUUUCUACUAGAGGAUCAGAGAUUUUCAGAGUAAGUGUGCGAUGUCCACUGGUGUCUGAAAUCUUAAUCACAACGUACGAGUCAUUGGACAUCUAUUCAUGCAAUAUAUACUGUUUUAGGAAGAAAUAAAGAGGAGUAUCUAAAAGUAGUGAUUUCCA